AUGGCGCAGAGACAUCUCCCUAAUACGAUGCCCCUACGGCCGCUGACGGCAGACACAACAGCCCUCCUCAGGCAGAGUCUAGAGGAUAUCGUGCAGCAAAACCCCCCUCUGGACGAGCACCAGGACAGCCUCUCCGGUCUCCUGUCCGGACACACCGCCCUGGCGUACCUGUUUCUCCGGACGGCCCAGGAACACGCCGGCCUGCAGGUCCGCGGCCACGGGUGCAAGUACUGGGCGGAGCAGUACAUGGCGGGCGACCGCGGCGCGCAGGAGAUACAAGACAGGAACUGCGGCCUCGCGUGCGAGAAGCUGGCCUUUGAGGCCGUACGGGCCUGCGUCACCGGCAGCGAAGGGGACGUGGCCGCGUUCCUCGACAACAUCCCCGGGCUGGCGGCGCGCGAGAAGGCGUUCCCCAGCGAGAUGCUGUACGGGCGUGCCGCGGUGCUGUACAUGCUUCGCAUGGUGAGGCGAUUCGUCCCGAGCAGCGCGGGCCCCGUGGACGAGGCCGUCGGCAGGAUCUGCCAGAGGAUUCUGGACACCAGGGACAGCAGCGAGGGCGACUGGCUGUGGCACGGGAAGCGAUACUACGGCGCUCCCCACGGGGACGUCGGCAUCAUCACGCAACUCGUGCUGAGCGAUCCUUCUCUGGCGCCCAGGCUGGCGGCCCGCCUGGGAGAGCUGCUCGACUUGCAGACCGAAGGUGGGAACUGGCCUUCUACGGCCGAGGCGAGGGAGCGCGCAGACAGGCUCGUGCAGUUUUGCCAUGGCGCGCCCGGAUUCAUCUUUGCGCUGCAGUCCCUGCGGCCGUUCUACCCCAUGCUCCGGGAGAGGAUCGACGAGGCGAUUGCAAAGGGGCGACGGGUUAUCUGGGCUCGGGGCCUGCUUGUCAAGGAACCGUGCCUGUGUCAUGGCCUGUUUGGGAACGGACUAGCUCUUCCCCGCGGGGAAAAACGAGACCAUUUCCUGUCUCUCGCGACGCCGGAUUCUCUGCAGAGACUGCGCAGCGACCAUCCCGGCCUCUUCAGACACGGAAGUUGUGGCAAGUCGUCGUCUCCCCUGUUUAGCUACUUGCCCAGCGCGGCGUGGACCUGGACCGUCUCCAACGAGGAUGAGCCGCGCAUCAUUCUGUUCAAUGAUGUUUAG